AUGCUGUCCCAACGUUUCUUCUGGGCCGUGGCCAUGGCUUGUAACGUCACUGUCGCUGAUGUUACCGCUCCUGUUCCCUUCACCUGGCCCCCUCCGCAGGGAUCCAUGUCGGAUUUCGAAUACAACCUACGAUUCGGAUGCGACUUCAUGUCGUGGUGUGGAGGCUUUGAUGGCGGAUGCGCUGCCGAGUGUCUACGACAAGGAAAACAAUGCUGGACUUGUACGAGUCCCAACUGCGAGUGUCUUUGCGAAUAA